AUGUGUUUUAGUGGUGCCACAUUAUGUGGUGGUAUUUCGCCUACAGACUAUAGAAACCUGCAAGGGCUGGAUUUUAAGAAAUGGCAAAGACUUGUUAUGUCAGAUGACCUUGGUAACGCAAUGUUUCUCAUUUAUUUCACAGUUGCAGCAACAAAUGGGCACGUUUCCAUCAAGCCUGUUACAGCCUAUGUGACAGAAACUGUGAACCUUUUUUACACAAGAUCGGUAAACGACAGAGAUAGCAGCUUUCGCAAGUAUGCAGUGUCGAAAGACCAUGUAAACUUCAUCACUCUUGGACAGGAAAAAGAUGGAAAGGAUAAAUUUUUCUGCACCGAAAAUACAGAUUACUCAGACAUCUGCCAGGAGCGUUUCUCCUUUCGUUAUGUCAACGACACACAUGUGUCAUUUCAGAUAAGAAAUGUAACACUACCAGAUGCUGGGCUGUAUGACUGUCACAAGUAUUUCUCCGAGGUUGGGGUCACCAAGGACCCAGGAUAUGAACAUAUCAAUUUGAGUGUACAAGCAGUCGGCAAUAAAGAAAUUAUGUCCCCCAUUGUUCUCUGGACAACAAGUCCUCAUUCAGAAAAACCAGUGGUUGAAACAAAAGAAAUAAAUUCCACGAUUGUUUCUAGGGCCACAAGCCAUCACUCAGGGAUAUUUCAGCCUUUCUUUCUCAUGCUGAUGGUGGUAACCACUCUAAUUCGGGCCUUGUUCUAUUAGACAUGGGAACAUUACGAGGACACUUCACAGUUCAUGAUUGAAUGUAUUUCCCUGGUUGAGCUGACCAUAUUAUUUAUUUUAUGAUAAUUAUGAUAAUUGCUAUUAUUAUUAAUAGUUAUUACUAUUUUUAUUAUUGUAAUUAUUGGCCAUUAAUGAUUAUCAAUGGCCAACAUUAAAAAAGAAUAUGUAUCAUUUUGUCAAUGCUAAGUAAGUAAAUAUAGCAAAGGGACAGAGAAAAAAAAUUUACAGAUACAUAUUU